AUGACCCACCUCGACGACUCCCCCACAGCCACGGCUGAGCUGCUAACCGGAAUCAAGGCCGUGGUCUUCGACUGUGACGGAGUCAUCUGGCGCGGAACCAAGGUCAUUCCGGGCGCCCUUGCCACCGUCGCCGCCCUCGAGGCCGCAGGCGUCGCCGUCUACUUUGUCACCAACAACUCGACCCGAUCGCGGGCCAUGUACAUGGACAAGUUUGCUGCCAAGGGCAUGCCGCACGUGCGCAAGGACCAGAUCCUCUCGGCCUCGUAUGCUGCCGCCGCAUAUCUGCAGUCCAUCGACUUUGAUGGUGCUGUCUACGUCGUUGGCGAGGUCGGCAUUCUCGAGGAGCUGGAAGAGGCUGGCAUCCCAGCCAUCGGCGGGCCCGACCAGCCGCCCAUGACUCUCGCCGAGCUCGAGGUCUACAAGCCGGAUCCUUCGGUAUCUGCCGUAGUCGUCGGUGCAGACACUGGGUUCUCGUACACAAAGGCCGCCAUCGCCCAGCAGUACCUCCUUGCCCGCCCGGACAACCUGUUCAUUGCCACAAACCCGGACACCUCGUUCCCCACCCAGGGCAACUUUCUGCCGGGUGCAGGCAUGGCCGUCGCUGCUGUCGAGGCAUGUGCCUCGCGCAAGGCCACCAUCGUCGGCAAGCCGGCGCCCUUCCUCCUCCAUGGUGUCCUCGAUCGCCUCGCCGCAUCCUCCUCCGAGCCCGUCGACCGCUCCUCGGUGCUCAUGGUUGGCGACCGCCUCGACACCGACAUCCUCUUCGGCUCUACCGUAUGA